AAGUGGAGUAAGGGGGAGGUAAACAAGAUGGCGACAGCCUGACAGCAGCUGCAAUUAGGAGUGCAUACCUCCAGCUAAUAUUUAUACCGAAACCAAAAGAAUAUAUUCUUGGUUACAUAUCAGGUGCGACGUGUGACAAACAUCUGGGUGUCAAGAUAUCUUUUGGGGCGAGAUUUUGUUUGUUUCAAGAAAGUCGAGUAUUUGGUAGAUUCUCGCCAAGUCGGACGUAUACUGCAGUAGUGAUCUGGAUAUAUAUAUAUAUAUUAUUAUUUUUUGCAAACCAGCAGUACCAAAGAAGACCUUCUGAAUGUGAGACAUCGCUAAACUCUUCUGGGGGAGGAGAGAUAAAGCUAGCUGUUUGUCAACACUACAGCUCAUGGACUUCUGACACAGGCAUGCCCAGCAAGUCAGGAUCUGAACCAAAAAUAUUUUUGCAGGAUUUUGCGUUGCUUAAAGUGGGAAGUCCCUAGGAACCUGUCAGUGGAAUGCAGCUACAAAGUCAAACUCCGACGGGAGUUAUGCUAUUGACGUUUACCAUAGACUAGAUCCACUAUACUCUGGACUUGAGAUUUGCUUGUCCCUUAAUAUAUUUCUAAUUCACUCUGCUGAAACUCCAAGUCUCCAAUUCCUUGGAAGCAGUCUGAUCUUAUGGAGCUUAGUGUUCAGAUCUGAUAGUAUCACACUGGAUCAAGCCUGUUUUCUUCAGAAUAUCCUGGAUCAAUGUGGCAAUAUUGUUCUAGUGUCUGAGUGCUUUCUUACACUCAAAGUUCUGGAAAAGUUUUUCCAGUGUUUUUGAAUUAUUUUCUUUCUUGUGCCGAGUUGUCAUUCCACACUGCUGGGGUGUGAUCUCUGGGGAGGAACUGUAGCUCUGUCACUGUGGGGGGAAAAAGAUGAGCACUGACGACCUGCAGCACUUGGACUACCUGCCAGAGAGCGAGCUGGUGGGAAUGGACACCUUUAUCCACCGCAUUGAUUCUACGGAGGUGAUUUACCAACCACGCCGCAAGCGAGCCAAGCUGAUCGGCAAGUACCUGAUGGGAGACCUGCUUGGUGAGGGCUCAUAUGGCAAAGUCAAGGAGAUGCUGGAUUCAGAAACUCUGUGCCGAAGGGCGGUUAAGAUCCUAAAGAAGAAGAAACUGAGGCGAAUCCCAAAUGGGGAAGCGAACGUCAAAAAGGAAAUUCAGCUGCUGCGACGACUCCGUCACAAAAACGUGAUCCAGUUGGUGGACGUGUUGUACAACGAGGAGAAACAGAAGAUGUAUAUGGUGAUGGAGUACUGCGUGUGUGGCAUGCAGGAGAUGCUGGACAGUGUACCAGAGAAGAGGUUUCCUGUGUUCCAAGCGCAUGGGUACUUCUGCCAGCUGAUAGAUGGCCUUGAAUAUUUGCACAGCCAGGGAAUCGUCCAUAAAGACAUUAAACCAGGGAAUCUGCUGCUGACUACGGAUGGUGCCCUGAAAAUUUCAGACCUGGGGGUGGCAGAGGCGCUGCACCCCUUUGCGGAGGACGAUACGUGUCGGACCAGCCAGGGUUCGCCGGCGUUCCAGCCCCCUGAGAUCGCCAACGGCCUGGACACCUUUUCAGGGUUCAAGGUGGACAUCUGGUCCGCGGGUGUCACAUUAUACAACAUUACAACCAGUCUCUAUCCGUUUGAAGGAGACAAUAUCUAUAAGCUUUUUGAGAACAUUGGGAAAGGGGAGUAUCACAUCCCUGAAGACUGUGGGCCGCUGCUAUCUGAUCUGCUGAGAGGAAUGCUUGAAUAUGACCCUGUAAAGAGGUUCUCAAUACAACACAUCAGACAGCAUAACUGGGUCCGUAAGAAACACCCCCCGUCAGAGCCGCCGGUGCCCAUCCCCCCCAGCGCCGAGUGCCGAGACCCUUGGCGGAGCAUGACCGUGGUGCCAUACCUGGAGGACCUACACGGCUACACUGACGACGACGACGACGUGGAGGAUGACGAGUUCUUCGACGGCGAGGAUGAGAUCAUCUACACUCAGGACUUCACAGUGCCAGGCCAAGUUCCUGAAGAUGAGGCGGAGCCUAAUGGGCAGAGCCAGGGCCCGCCCAAGCCCAUGUGUGUGAACGGCACGGAGCCGGGCCCCCACGGGGGGGUCAGCGGGGGCAGCUCCAAGGCCGCCUCCGACCGCAGGUCCAGCUCCUCCUCCAACCCCUCCCGGAAAGGGGUGGCCGCUGUCAGCCGCAUCCGCAAGCUCUCCGCCUGCAAGCAGCAGUGACCUCCCUGUGCCCCCCCCUCCCCAGCCCGAGCGGCAGAUUGUAGCGGUGAG